UACAUGCAAUAAUCCCAGAUGAAUGAUAAUUGUAAAUUACGAAAAAUAAUAGUGAUGGUCAGAUCUGAAAUCAUUUCCCGUAGAUCUCAGCCGUUAGAUGCCCAGAAAAGAGCACAAAAUAAAGAAUAGUGAAGAAAACACAUCAGCAUAUCAGAGAUACCCCUACGCUGCCGCUGAGUGCUGACUGCUUUCUGCACAUUUGGGUUUUCAUUUUUCCCGACUCUCUUUUCGAUCCAGCUGCGUAUAUUCAGGAGUCAACAAUACUCAGUUAGAUGGAAAGUACUGGUGGUGCGCGCCUAAAUAUCUCAGGAAAUGACGCAGCUGAAUGUUCUGAAACCACUGUUGAGAUCAAGAUCAAGACGCUAGAUUCUCAAACUUUCACACUGCGAGUGGAUAAAUGCGUGCCUGUUCCUGAGCUAAAGCAACAGAUUGCUUCUCUAACUGGUGUCCUGUCCGAGCAACAACGCCUUAUAUGCCGUGGCAAAGUUUUGAAGGAUGACCAGCUCCUCUCAGCUUAUCAUGUGGAAGAUGGUCACACCCUGCACCUGGUCGUGAGACAACCAAUUGAUUCAUCUCCAGGCAGCUCUGAUCAUCCAGCACCUGAUCCAACGUCAAGCAAUGGACACAUUCCAGGCAAUCGAGUAGGUCCAAGUGUGAUGGUUGGAUCCUUCAAUAUAUCAGAACAGGGAGAUGGAUCUUUUCCUGAUCUAAAUCGGAUUGUGUCUGCUGUGCUUAAUUCUUUUGGAGUCUCAAGAUCUGGAAGUGGUGGUGAGGGGAUUGAUCUUAAUCAACCUCCUUUGGAACAGCUCUCAUCUGCAUCUGGACUCAUUGGUACGAGAAAUUAUAGCAGACUACAUUCUGAUCAAGACCAAGCAGCUUCUGUAGCCAUUCCUGUUGCAUCUCUGCAGCCACCGAUUAUACCCGAUUCCUUGACUACUUUGUUGCAGUACUUGACCCAUUUGAGGCAGGAAUUUCUUUUCAAUGCUGAAGGGCUAAGUGGAAAUGCUCAAAAUACUGGUUUUCCUCGGAGUGAUGCACCAGAGUUGGAAGGUGCCGUGCGUUCUAGUGGGGGCAGAGGGCCUCCCAGUCCUGAGUCCUUGGCGGAGGUGAUUUCUUCUGCGAGAAGACUUCUUGUUGAACAAGCUGCUGUGUGCUUAUCGCAACUUGCAGGACAACUGGAGUCUGAAUCAAGUGUGACGGAUCCACUGGAGCGCACUAGAAUUCAAUCAAAUGCUAUGAGGUCUGGAGCUCUUUUUCAAAAUUUUGGGGCUUUGUUUCUUGAGCUUGGUCGGGCAAUAAUGACUCUGAGAAUGGGCCCAGCACCAGGUGAUGCGUUUGUGAAUGCUGGACCCUCUAUCUUUGUCUCCUCUGCAGGACCCAACCCUAUAAUGGUUCAGGGGCCACUGCAUUUCCAACCAGGAGCACUUGGUUCAAUUCCCGUUGGAAAUUUUCAACAUGGCUUGGCUGUAGCUGGGGAUUCUUCUGGUACUGGCUUUGUCCCUAGAAAUAUUGACAUCAGAAUACGUGCAGGAUCCGUACUUACUCGAAGGGAGCCUAGUAGCUCACAGUCUGUUGGUCAAGGCUCUGCAGUAUCUCCCGGUAGUGGAAACUCUGGUCCACGUACUUCUGCUGAUCCAAAUUUACGCAGGGACCCGCAAGUGAGAGCGGUUCCUCUUAGAACAGUAGUUGCUGCAGUUCCGUCAUCUGUUUCACAUUCAGAUUCUUCUCGUGGCCCAAUAGGGAUCUUAUAUCCUGUUUUGGCAAGAGUUCAAAAUGUAUCUUCUGGAAAUUCUAACGGAACAGGAGCUUCUCAAGUCCCAGGUCAGCAUCAAGAAUCAAACGAUAUUACUGAACAACCUGGCGCAACACAACAACAAAACUUUACAAUCACCGGAAGAGGAGAGCACGUUUUCAGUAAUUCCGCUGUUCCAGGUUCAAGCUCAGGUUCCAUUCCAAGUCAGCCCCCUGCUCAGGAAUCAGCACCAGCUGCAAGUGAUGAAGGGGUUGUUUUGUCUAAUAUCCUACGUCAGAUAAUGCCUAUAGUCUCUCAGUACAACGCUGGAGCUGAUGUCAACCAGGCGGAUGAUAACCAAGGUGAUGGUGGUUCGUCCCAGGGUGAUGAGGCAGAACCAAGUUCAAAACGUCAAAGGCUGCCAAUUGUGGAUAAUAAGACAAUUUCUUGA